AUGAUCUUUGCUGGUCGCGGGGCGGUACUCCGCUCAAGACUGUGGCCGGCACUGGGUGGCCGGCAUUUCAGCGCAGCAAGAACUGCCAGCAGGUAUGUUGCCAGAGGGACACUAGUUGGUUUGGUGGUUGGAUCUUCGACUUCCACCUGGUUCCUGUCACAGGCAGUCUGGGUAGCCUUGGAUGAUGCCGUUGGAAACAACAAGUCGACCUGGUAUGAGUUCUACUGGCUAUGCUGCAAAGACACUGCGCUAUACUGCUGGAUUGCAAUGCAAUUGCAGGCCCGGCAAGCCUGGCUUCAGUUGAACGGCGAGUCCAGUGAUCCGAUGGAGACGCCAAGUCUCAGAGAACAACUGAAGGACAGAGCCAAGUCCAUGCUCUUUCAGGACGUUUCGGCUGAUGUCUCUGCAUCCCUGCCACCUUCGGCCCCAGUCGAAGUGGACAAAGUAACUUCAGAGAAGUUGAAGGCUGUCGAGUCACAGCUUGAAACACUUCAAGCGGCAUUGGAGUCCAAAGAGCAGGAGCUUUCAGCGGCGAAAGCUGAGGAUGCAGCAGCAUCACAGGCUUCAAGCCAAGAACAGAUUGAUGAAUUGCAAAAGGAAGUCUCCAUACGACGGAAGAUGUUGGAGGAGAUUUCUGCAGCCAAGAACCUUUGUCAUCAGAUUAAGCUCUUGGAAGAGGUGAAGGAACUAAAGGAGAAACUGGCACAGCAGGAGCUGGAUCUUCAACGCAGCAAGGAGGUGGAAAGACAAAGAUCUCGGGAACUCUUGAAAGUUCAGGAAGACCUGGAGCAAUCACGACAAGCCUUGACUGGCAUGCGAACGAAGCUGGAGAAAGCAGAUGCGGACCUGGAGAAAAACAGGGCCAAAGAGUCGCAGAAGGAACGCGAGAUUCACCAGUUGGAGAAGACUGUCCACCAGCACAAGGUGGAGAUACAUACCUUGAAAGAUAAAGAGGCAGCUAAGGCUGAAGAAGUCAGCAAGAUGAAGAAAGAGGAGAUUUUGAAGAUGAAGGAGAUUGACACUUUACAGCGGCAGAUCCGAGAGAAAGCCUCGUUGACUUCUGAUUUGACUACGAAAGUGGCGAAACAGACCAAGGAACUGGUGGAUCUGAAGGCGUCACUUGAUGAGCAUGUGCAACGAGCGUCUUCAGCAGCUGAAGAUCUUGUCACUGCCAGGAAGACACUUGAAGACAAGGAGGCCGAAGUGAGCACCUUAGGAGCUCAGUGUGUCGAGUUGGAAGCUGCCAAAGCUCAGCAGCUGCAACAGAUCUCGGAGCUCCAAAGUGCUGCGGCGCAGCAGCAGCUUGAGGGCGAGAAGCUGCAAGGACAAGUGUUGCUUCUUGAAGCAGAAGAUGAUAUGAAAUCCAAGCGAAUCUCAGAGAUCCAGGAUGUUCUUGCAGAAAAGAUGCAGGAUCUGGAUGUUUUGAAGAUGGAACUGAGGCAAAAAGAGGAGGAGUUAGAAGAUCUUCAGCAACAAAUGAGUAGACUUCGGCAGAUCGACGCUCAAAAGAUUCAGCAGCUAGAGGAGCUGCAGAAAUGGAAGAGAGAAUGUGAGGAAACCAAACAAAGACUUUUGAGUGGCAAGCUGUCAAAAGUGAAGCUGGAUUUGUAGAUGGUGCAUCGGAAAGUCAUGAGACUCUCCCUGGUGAACCUUCUGUGAACCUUCAGUGAACGUUCGGUGAACCUUCGGUGAACCUUGCGUUGGUUCAAUCGCCGGAGAAUGAGCAUUGCCCGGUAUCUUUUUGGAGACCCAUCCUGACCCAACGAGGAAAGGCUGCUGGCAUUUUUGCCUCUAGCCUUUUUCUGUACAAGAAACUGAGCAGUGAUGAGCAGUGCUUCAAGAAUUUGUAGCAAUGUGAUUGUCUUUUGCUUUCCUUUCCGACAGGAUCGGCUCAAGAUGGUUCGAUAUAAGUUUGCUCCAAAAGC